AUGCCAAAUUUGACAUAUUUGGAUCUUUCAUACACUGGUCUCGAAGAGCUCCCAAAGGACAUCAAAUGUUUAGUUAAUUUACAAUACCUAAACAUUUCAAACACACAGAUCUCAUCACUUCCAGAGGAGUUGGUAAAAUUGAAGAAAUUGCAAUAUUUAAUAUGCAGAAAUACAAGGCUGGGCAAGGUAGAGGAUGGUCUCAUGUCAAUAUUACAAAAGUUGAAGAUCAUUGACGUAUUUCCAUCAGGGUGGGUAGACCUGGCACAAUUAAAGAAAUUGAAAAAACACAUCAAAGCCAUAGGAAUGCGUGUAGUAUCAGAAGAGGUUCUCCAACAACUCUCAUGUUUGCCAACUACUCGGCUUUAUCUAGCCAAUGUGGAUAACUUGAUCUCUCUUUCAUUUGAUACUUUAAGCUGCAAAGAUCAUGGGUUCUUGCAGGAACUAGAAAUUAGUUUUUGCCGAAAGCUUGAGGUGCUUGUGAUGAAUGGAAAUGGGUGUCAUCUCAAUGAGCUCAAAAUCUGGCAUGUUAAAAAACUGCAGAAUGUUAUUUGGACAAAUCUAUCGCCGCAAGAAUUUUUUCAUGUGUUGAGGAAGUUAUAUAUAGUAGGAUGUAAUUUGGAUAAUUUAGCUUGGAUCCUGCAUCUCCCAUGUCUAUCUUAUUUAUAUAUAAGAUAUUGUGAAGAGAUAGAAGCGUUGGUUUACAUGGAGGAGGAGAGAGAAAUUCAACAACAAGAAGUCUCAGAACACCGCCCAACAUUCCCUGCAUUGGAAUUUCUAAAGAUAACUAAUCUACCAAAAUUAGUGAGCAUAAGCAAUUUUGAAUUGGAUUUCCCUCGACUUUCAUGCCUUAUAGUAGAAGAUUGUGCAGAGAUAGAAACAUUGGUUUACAUGGAGGAGAGAGAAAUCCAACAAGAAGAAGUCUCAGAACACCGCCCAACAUUCCCUGCAUUGGAAUUUCUAAAGAUAACUAAGCUACCAAAAUUAGUGAGCAUAAGCAAUUUUGCAUGGGAAUUCCCUCAACUUAAAGAUCUGACAGUGCGUCAAUGUCUUAAUCUGAAGAAGUUACCAUUCAAGAGUGGCAUUAACAACAACAAUCAAAGAAUUAUAUACAUUGAUUGUGAGAGAGAAUGGUGGGAAAGCUUAGAAUGGGAUGAUGCCACCAUCCCAUCUCACCUUCAGCCAAAUUUCAGUAGGGAUGAGAUUGAUGAAGACUAG